AGCUUCGCCGUCUCUACGUCACUUGACCAAUCAAAGUGGACUUAAGCCUCUUACCGAAAUUCAAUUGGUAAGCUUAAUGUACGGAAGCAGGUUUUUUUCCUGGACAAAAGGAUAGCCAGGGCCGGAUGUAGGAGACCGUGGGCCGCUGGGCUGGAGCUACAUUUGGUUACCACCCCACAGAGGCUCCUUUUUUGUUACUCCGGAGACGGUAGAAGUCAAAGAUGGACUGGUUCCACUGCAACCAGUGCUUCAAGAAAAGCGGGUCGAAGUUCGCUGUGUCGAGCUGUGGCCACAUCUCCUGCGAAGCUUGCAUUAAAUCAAAGCAGUGCAGUACAUGUGGGGUGGCCUGCAGUUAUCUGCCCAUCACUGAUCAGAUGAAGCCACAGGAAAAGGUGUUUUUCAUGGACCCUGGAAAGCUCAUCCAGGCAAGGAUGGAAAACAUAUCGCAGAUUGCCAUUUUCCAGCAGAAGCAGAUGGAGAGAGUCAUGGUACACUUUAAGAACAAAUCCAGUGAACUGGAGAGGCAUUUGGAAGAGGUUUCUGAGCAGGGUUACAGACAACUGUCAGAGCUGAAAAGAGAGAACGGUGAGCUGAAGAAGCAGCUGUCAGAGCUGAAAAGAGAGAACGGAGAGUUGAAGAAGCAGCUGUUGGAGCUGCAAAGAGAAACUGCCGAACUGAAAAAGCCACUCUCUCAAAGGAGGGUUUCUCCUGGACAGUACCAAACUACUGGCGCUCAGAGGGUUUCGCUCCCAGUUGGCGUCACCUCACCAGUUACUCCUCGAUCAAGAGCAGUGAGUCAUGUAGGCUCCGGAGAGUCUCAGAGGUGGAGCAGGGAUAGAGGCAUUUCUCUCACUACUCCUGGAUCCAUCGCUUCCAUCUCCAGCCACAGCUCUCUUCAUGAAUUCAGAACGUCACCAUCUUUUGGCACUCCGACAAGAUCCCAGACCUCUGCUUUCCAGUUCCCAUUUAUGAAUGGAAUCUCACUUCACUCACCCAGACAGUGAAUAACUCACCGCUCUUGCUGGGAAUGCCUUUGAUGUGAAUGACACCGACUAGUUGAUUUCUGUACGUGAGCCUGGCCAACAUUCUUAAUCUUUGUAUUCCCCAAUGUCGAAAUACCUGGCCGUAUUGUUCACCUGGAUUAAAACCUCUAUGUAAA